UCCCUAUUUCUGGAAUGAGGAAAAAUAACCUAGAAACAGAGAAAACAGAAAUAUUGAAGUAUUUCAAUAAAAUGUCAAUGUUUUAAUAUUGAAAAUGCUGCCUUCUAGAAUCUUAUUCACACCCUUAAUAUAUUUAAAGGUUUCAGUCACAUGCCUCCUUUCCCUUCUGUCCUCCAGACUGUGCAUAUUCAGUUCCUUCAAUCUCUCCUGAUAAGUUUUCUCCCUCAGACUUUGCACCAUUUUGUUGCCCGUCUCUGGACUCGCUCAGUCUUACCAAUGUCUUUUUUAAGUGAAGUCUACAGAACUCGACACAGUAUUUAUUUAUUAUUAUUUAUUUAUUAUUCAUAUUUCUAUGCCGCCCAUUCUCCGAGGACUCUGGGCGGCUUACACCAAAGACAGUAUACUAAAUAGCAUAUUGCCCCCAACAAUCCGGGUCCUCAUUUUACCUACCUCGGAAGGCUGGAAGGCUGAGUCAACCUUGAGCCGGUGAGAUUUGAUCCGCUGAUCUGCUGAACUAGCAGUCAGCUGAAGUAGCUGCAGUACUGCACUCUAACCACUGCGGCACCUCGGCCCUUAUGUAAAUGGUGUAUCACAAAAGGUGCCUGACUAGUGCCCUAUAUAGCAGGAUUAAGACAGACUGCCUCAAGUGGAAUCCCCCUGCGUGGACCACCUGUCUUGGGAAGGAAGGCUGCGAGUGAGAGUCCAGGGUGGGCAAGGUAGAGAUGGUGCUUCUCCAUCACGGCCCUUUUCUUGGGAACAGCCUUUCCCUGGAGAGCUAUAGGAUGCGAACUAUUGUGUUCCUGCUGAUUCUAAAGGGAAUGGUUUCUUUAGGAAGUGCUUGGGCUUCCAUUUCAAUAGUCAAAGGUCGAUAUGGCCUUAAGAUGCCCACGUCAAUGUUGUUCUCUUCUGGGAAAAAGAUCAUCCAUAAAAAAGGAGGUUAUGAAGAGCUUGAUAGUGCAGAAGGCCUUGCCCAUCUACUUGCAACAAGCUGAGAUGGCAAUUUCUCUGCAAAGCAGGAUGUGGAGAUAGUCCAGCGCCACAGAAACCCUUUCUGAUCACAGAAGCAAGGAUGCUGAAUGCCCCAAUGGGCAGCCCUGUUCUAUUAACAGCUUGUACCUGAACAGAAGCUGCACUUGGAGUAAUAACUGCACGUUGACAUGCCUGCCAGGCUUGAAAAUUAUGCAAUUAAUUGCUUGGUAGGUUUUUCGGGCUGUACUUUAAUCAAAGAUGGGACAAAUUGUGAUUUUGCAGUUUCGGAAGGCACAUUCAGUUGUUUAGUCAGCUGUUAAAAGCUAGGAUUUUCAAGUUAAUUUUCUUACAAAAUUAACCUUUGUAAUGACAAGGAAAUUAGAAGUAGAAUUGAGGGAUUUCAGUCUGUAGAGGAAGAGAUUUGUUUACGAGGCAUGGGAAAAUAUUUGCGCAAGCUCAUAUUGUAGGAAACGCACGGGUCCACUGACAGCAGAAAAAAUUAGGCUGCUGUGGCUUUACAGCAAAAAAAAGGACAGAGCACUUUAUUGAGUUGAGGUCUGAGGCAACAUGGAGCUUCUGGUUUGGAAAGAAUCAUCUUUCAGUGAAGAGGAUGAGAUGGAAAGACCUGGUUGUCAGUCAAAAAAACAAAGCACUGUAUGGAUGGCCUAGAGACCCUUGGGGUGGUUCUAAGUUAGCAUUUGUCAGAGUUUGUUGCAGAAAUUAAAUCCAGAAAGCACACACAGGCAGACUGAUGCAGCAGGAUUCAUUAACUUCUUUAUAUACAUAAUAAUACAUGAAGAUAAAUGUACAAUACCAAUAUAGAUUCUUCUUCAAUGUAGUAGCAGUUACAAGCAGAACAGAAGGCAGGAGAGAACAGUUAGUUUCAUUUCAGCAGAGCAGAAAAGCCCAGACUUGUUUCAUUUCAGAGCUGAGCACAGAGCUUAAUACAAAGAGAGCCGCCUUUAUACAGGGCAGUUAAGCUUCUGCACAGACUCAGUUGCCUAAGUCACGCCCAGAUUUCUAUCUUAAGUUUCUGUUUCUAAACAGCCUUCAUUGGCUGACCUCGUUACAUGUCUCCAUUUCAUUCCAUUGGCUGAUCUAUUCCAGUCCGUGAAUAUUCCUACUCUGACAACAUUUUUAUUUUGUAGCAGUUAUGUCUUUUCCACGUGUGAUGGGGCAGGUUCUAAAGAAAGGAAAGUGAAACCCCACCUACCUUCCUUCUCUGGAUUGUUCCAGUUACUCCAGGGUGCCCUCUAUACCUUACCAUGGAAAAGUUGGUCUUCUGCCUUCUGAUGACGAGCACUAUGGCUGUGAGGGCCCUGAUGUGUCCCAUGCGCUGCAACUGCCAGAGGGUGUCCCCGUCUUUCACCAUUCUCUGCACCAAGAAUGGGCUGCUCUUUGUUCCUCCUGCCAUUGACCGACGGACAGCAGAACUCCGACUGAUGGAUAAUUUCAUCACGACUUUGCGAAGAAAGGAUUUUGCAAACAUGACAGACCUGAUCCAUUUAACACUAUCACGAAAUACAAUCAGUCAUAUUAUGCCUUAUGCAUUUUUUGAUCUUAAAGGUCUUCAUGCAUUACACUUGGAUAGUAACCGACUCACCUAUAUUGAUGAGGAUCACUUCAAAGGGUUGAUCAACCUUCGCCACUUAAUUCUCAGUAACAACCAGUUACGUUAUAUUUCACCUGGAUCUUUUGAUGAUUUCAUUGACAUAAUUGAGGAUCUGGAUCUAUCCUAUAAUAAUCUUGUUAAGAUCCCCUGGGAAACUGUUGGGAGGCUUUCAAAUGCCAAUACUAUUAGUUUGGAUCAUAACCUCAUAGAUUUUGUUCCUGAAGGCAUCUUCUCCGACCUUCACAAACUGGCCCGGCUGGACAUGACUUCUAACCAGCUGAGGAAGAUCCCCCCCGACCCUCUUUUCUCCCGCAUCCCUGUCUAUGCCAAGCCCAAGGGUACCCCUCUAUCUUCUCUGGUAUUGAGCUUUGGAGGGAACCCGCUACACUGCAACUGUGAGCUAGUGUGGCUACGGCGCCUGACUAGGGAAGACGAUCUGGAAACCUGUGCCUCCCCACCCGAGCUGAUGGGCAAGUAUUUCUGGUCUAUUAAGGAAGAGGAAUUUGUCUGUGAACCACCAAUGAUUACUCGCAGAACGGCAAAGCAAGUGAUCAUGGAAGGACAGAGUGUUUCCUUGAAGUGUAGAGCAAUGGGUGAUCCAGAACCAUACAUGCGCUGGAUUUCACCAGGAGGAAAAUUGGUCUCCAACACUUCCCGAACAAUUUCCUAUGAGAAUGGGACUUUGGACAUUUUAGUGACUUUCACGGAAGACCAAGGCACGUAUACCUGUAUAGCAUCCAACGCUGCAGGGGAGUCCACUGCACCAGUUGAACUUCUGGUCAGCUCAUAUCCUCAUCUUGCUAACAGCACAAACUCUGGCAAAGAAGCUGAGACGGGUCCAUCGGAUAUCCUCAUCCCAGCCAAGUCCAGCUUCUCUAAUGAAACCAAAUCUCACCAAGAGAGGAAAGUGGCCAUUGCUGAGCUGACCUCGUCCUCUGCCCUCAUCCAGUGGCCUUCACAGCACCAUAUUCCUGGGAUGCGAAUGUUCCAGAUCCAAUACAACAGCUCUGCUGAUGACAUCCUGGUGUACAGGAUGAUCCCGGCUUCUAGCAAGUCUUUCUUCCUGACCGACCUGGUUGCUGGGCGGGACUAUAAUCUGUGUGUUCUUGCUGUUUAUGAUGAUGGUGUGACUUCUCUGACAGCGACCCUGGUGGUAGGGUGCGUGCAGUUCACCACGGAGGAGGCAUACCGGCAGUGUCAGUCCCUCCACGCACAGUUUCUUGGUGGAACCAUGAUUAUUAUCAUCGGAGGCAUCAUUGUGGCAUCUGUCCUUGUUUUUAUCUUCAUACUUUUGCUGAAAUACAAAGUUUACAUCAACCACCACAAAACCAAAAACCCUGAAGUGAAUAACGUUUGCUCUCAAACCAAUGGUAGUCAGAAUAACUCUCUGGUACAUUCCAGUUCCAAACUGGCUGAAUGGAUCCAGCAAGAACGUUCAAGCUCACCACUCAGAGGCAAAACUAUACUAGACUUUAACUACGAACGAGCAGCCUCUACAGACGUGUCUGUUUUAAAAAAUGAAGCCUUUCCGUAAUAGUUAUGCUGGUCCCAGGCAAGAAGCAGUAAAAAAUAACUCAUGCGGUUGUAUUUUAAGCUUCACUGUCUAUUUUUAAGAUCAGAUGGUUUUAAACGGUAUUUUUUUAAUCUGUAAAAGUUCUUGCAUUCUUAACUAUUUUUGUUGCACUAUAUUAAAUAUAAACUGUGAUUUUGAA